CAGACUCGAACGCUCCUCUGCCGCUGGAGGAUGUAAACAAAUAGUCUGGACGGGCAUCGCACUUUCAGCAUUAUUUCUAGCUAAAAAAAAAUCGAAGCUGAUAGUUCAGGUCAUUUUGUGAAUGUGGACAUGGAGAAAUCCCCAGUUGCUCCAAAAAGAAAAAUGGGAGAAGAAAUAACGGAAAAUUUUGAUGGAAAUGGCAUUAUAAAAAAAUCUAAGGGGAAUCAUGUCCGUAGUGAAGGAUUUGCCAUCACUGAAGUGCGAGGUGAUCUCUUUACAUGUUCAGAUGACACCUCUUUAGCUCACUGCAUAUCACAAGAUGUACGGAUGGGCAAAGGUAUUGCAGCUCAUUUUAAGACAAAGUUUGGUGGUGUUCAGGAACUGGCUGAGCAGGGUAAGAAGCCUGGUGAUGUUGCCAUCCUUAAACGAGGCCAAAGACAUAUCUAUUAUUUAGUCACCAAGGAGAGGUACUGGCAUAAACCUACUUAUUUGAGUCUACGAUCAUCCUUAGAAGCAAUGAAAAAGCAUGCCCUGGAACAUGAUGUUGCUGCCAUUGCUAUGCCUCGCAUUGGAUGUGGCUUAGAUGGCUUAGUGUGGGAUCGUGUUCGAGAUAUCCUCACUGAUAUAUUUAAGGAUACAGAUAUAAAGAUUUCUGUUUAUUCUCUUUGAAGAGCACAUGCAUUAUUAUUACAUUUUUUAGGUAUUUCAUAAAACAGCUUGUGAAUGUAUGGUUUUGUAUUUGAUGUACAUGUCAGAUUUGUAUAUUCAGCUGUGGUAGGUAAGUAUAUUUUGAGAGCAAAUGAUGAUAUAAAUAUUUUAUAAGUAGCCAAGGCAUUUUUCUUGAUAGAAUUAUUACUCGAGUGCCAGAUCUAAAAUGUCAUCUAUUGUCAUUAUUUUUACUUAGUAAAUCUUCAUUAUUAUCAGAGAGGGAAAUAAUAUUGCCUAGCAUCUGCUGUGGUUUCCACUUCUGUGGCAGCUCUGUUGAUAAUUAAGGUGUUGUGGAACCAUAAAUUAUAUUCAGAUGCCAAAUGCACAAAACUAAAGAUAUGUGGCUUCCUUAUAAUGUGCAUGUAUCAUACACAUGUGUGCAAGCACACACACACACACACACACACACACACACACACACACACACACACACACACACACACACACACACACACACACACACACACACACACACACACACACAGAAGAAAUAAGCUUUUGAAUGACUAAUAUAGUAUCUAAUAUCCUAUAAGUAUGACAUAAAUACUAAUGCUAUAAUUUUUAUAUGGUGGAAUAUUCAUAUUGUAGAAUACAUGACACCAUAUUUUCAUGGUGAACUUUUUUUACUUUUUUUUUUUUUUAAGCAACUUGCAUUGUUGUGUUGAGCAAGAUGAAAAUUGACAUCUUGUACAAUAUGAGAUUAUGUACAUAGAAACCAUAUCCUAAUUUAUAAUAAUAGAAUAAUUGCUCUUUAAGCUAACAAUGGGGAACAAAUUACUUAGUUCACUAGAUAAUGCAGACCUGUGAAGUAGCUAUAUCCUAAUUGAGAAAAUAAUUACAUUAACCAACUAUUUACCUGAGUGAGGAUUAAGAGAUAAAGUUCCAUUUUUUGAAAAGUGUAUUGGAGUAUAUUUUCAAGUAUAUUAAACAGAUCAGACUAGGUUUAUGUACCAGACUCAUGUUUAUGUUCUAAUUUGUGUGAUGUGUGUAUCAGCAGAAGUAUCCAGUUUACUGUUUUGCUGACUGGAGUUAUAUUAGAUCAUUAUCAUCACCAUUAUUUACCACCUUAAGCCACUUCACAGAUCAGAAUUUUCUCACAAACAACGAAGUAAAAGCAUGUUGGUGGUCAAGACAUGUUACCAAAUUAUUAUACAGUGUGUUUGUUUCAACAUGAUGCUGUAUAUUCAUCAGUAAAUAAAUUAUAUCCUAAACAAGUGCAGACCUAGCAAGAAUCAAGAAUUCUUCGGGAAAUGUUGAACUAGAUGCUUCAGAACAUGAGAAAAACAUGAACAGGCUCAUAAUAAAAGGCAAUGUUGCUUACUUGUCUGCUAUGCUACUGGCUGCCACUAAAAACACUUUGUCUUACUUGAUAUGUUAUAGUGAUUGAAAUACAUGGUUUCCAUAUCAUUA